AUGGCGCGGAACAAAACAGCUCAGCAAAAAGAGUGGUCAUUACAAAAAGUGGUUGUGUACGAUUCGUUGUCGAAGGUGCGUCGCCAUCUUGGAUGUAAGUGCGCAGCCAUGUUCCCUCGCGCGGCUUCCGGCGAGCGCGAGCUGCUGAAUGCUAAUGUUCGCUCUGCGCGCGCGCAAACGCUCCUUAAUCAGUCCGCU